GCCAUUUUGAGCUUACCACAGAGGGGUAGGAGGAUGUUUAUAAGUUUUGUGUAGUGCGAAGAUUUGUGACAAAAAUAAUGACGGCGAAUCCGUGCGGAAUAUCCCAAGAUGUGUCAUAGGUCUCAUGGGAUGUUCAUCUCGUGGGAUUGAACAGUUACAGCUUCCGAUGGGAACGCUCUUGUCGUAAAACCUGAUCUCAAUCAGCGUAACUCGGUGGCGCCUCCCUGGGGGUCGGGGCCAUGAUCGAAGUUGGCGGGGAGUCCAAUGGAGAGCAGCCGGGCAAUGACCAUGAGUCUUUACAGUCGACUACCCCCGCCGUCGCCAGUCUCCUGCAGGCCACCCAGGCUUCGGGGGACCUCCUCGCUCACUCCAGGGCCCCUCAGGUGCGCAGCAUGGUCUCAUCUGCGGAGGCCUCGGCCCUCGAGGUGGCCACCACGGUCGCUGUGGUGACCAGCUCGGAUGUGUCCCUAACUGGGUCACCCACCUCGUCCUCCUAUCAGCACUACCUGGCCCCGGCUACAGUGUCCAUAGGAGGCCAUAUCCAGAACAUCACCAUUCCGGCGCAGGUCUCUGUGACGAGUCCUGGUGUAGCUGUAGCUGCCGCCAGUCCCUCCCAGAACCUGGCGCGCAUCCUAGCGGCUGCAAGCCAGCAGGGCUACUCCUCUCCACCUGCCCCUGGGACCAGCAGGGCAGUGACAACGGUGUCUGGGCUGCUGAGCUCAUCCAGCCGGCUUGCUGCCACCAGCCCAGCUGCACUGCUGGCUACCACACAGCCUCCUGCCCAACAGCAGGCCAUCGUCAUGGACACUCUGACGCAGGACGAACAACAGCGCCUGCUCUCGUACAGUAGCCUCAUGGCCAGUCCCUCGCCCCCUCGAACUCUCCAGCGGUCACCGACUACGACGACAAAUGCGUUGCCCCCUCAGUUUGUGGUGCCCCCCAAACAGAGUACUACGAACGUGCUCCCUGUGCCCCCUCCACCCCCUCCCCCCGCGUCGUCCCCCACGGCAUCCACGAGUGGUGUGGUGGCAGUGUCCGGACCUACUAGGCCUGGCGGCCUCCUCCAGCUGGUGGGCGUUGAGUCGCCACGUGCGGCCAAGCGCAUCAAGCUGGAGGAGCAGCCGCCAGCCAAUGAGGAAGUGGCCGCCAUGCGGCAGCGGGUGUAUGAGCACCGGUGGCGGGAGCUCCAGCGCAACAAGGAACGCUAUGUGGAACACCUGACAGAGCUGUUUUUCCUCCAGAAUGGGGGCAACAUGAUGGACUACUUCGCGUGGAAGCGGCGGCCAACACCCCAGCUGUUGGCGUUGCUUCGUGCGCACGCGCUCGACAGUGAGGACGAAGAGGACCCUGCUCGGUUGUUAGAUACGCGGCCGCCGAGCGCGUUACUAGCAGCGACAGCCUCCUCGGCUGCUGCGGCGACGACAGCCGCUGCGGCUGCCGCCGCUGCCGUAGUUACCACCACUGUUAUUGCUGGCAUGCUGUCGAGUUCAUCCUUGAUGGCAAUGCCUGCGGCAACUUCAACGACGACAGUGUCAACGGCGGACGCUGCAAUGGCAACGGCUACUACGCUUUCUGCCAUUGCCAGUCAGCUUGCCGCAUCUCCUGGUCAGCCUUCGGUUCCUGCCACGCCACCUUCCUCUGUGCCUUCCCCUGGCCCCAAGGGUCUGGCCGACCCCUGUUCCUCCGCCUCCUCCUCUAGUCAACAAACACCAGCCUCUGCCGUCCUGCGGCCUCCUUCACCUCUGCGUGUGCCAGCCGUCGCAACCCCGACGACGGGUGGAAGCUCGCCAUCGAAGGGAGGCGCCCUGCGGCAACCACCAUCUGCAGCAGCUGGCGCUGCAGCGCCUGCUACGCCCGUGACUCCCGCGGCGGCGGCAGCCUCCGGCUCCUCUGCUUCCUCACUGACCCUGCCGGCAUCACGUCUCACCACAAGGCAGCACUCCAUAUCGGCCGUCUACGACUCGUCCAUCGGCUCCCAGGAAGAGAUCGUGGAGCGGGCCAAGCAGGAGGCGUACGUGAUGCAGCGCAUCGCGGAGUUGCGCAAGGACGGCAUGUGGUCGGCGCGCCGGCUACCCAAGGUGCAGGAGCCCCCGCGGGCCAAGGCCCACUGGGACUACCUGCUCGAGGAGAUGGUGUGGCUCGCCACCGACUUUGCCCAGGAGCGCAAGUGGAAGAAGGCUGCGGCCAAGAAGUGCGCCCGCAUGGUCCUCCGCUACCACCAGGAGCGCGAGCAGCGUGCUGAACGAGCCGAGCGCGAGGAGCUGCAGCGGCUGCGGCGGGUUGCCGCCCAGGUGGCCAAGGAGAUCAAGCAGUUCUGGACCAACAUCGAGAAGCUGGUGGAGUUCAAGCAGCAGACGCGCCUCGAGGAGAAGCGCAAGAAAGCGCUUGACCUGCACCUCAAUUUUAUCAUGGACCAGACGGAGAAGUACUCAUCGUGGCUGCGAGAAGGCAUGGGGGCCACAAACAAAGACAGCACUGAGGCCUCCGAGGCGACCACGCCCGCCCAGGCGCCUGCCAGUCCUGCUCGGUCGGGCUCCUCAAACGAUGAAGACUUCCAGCCGGAUGCAAGUGACUCGGAUGAUGAAGAGACAAUAGACCGUGAGGAGACAACAGCACCAACAGACCAAGAAGAGCAGAGUCGAGAGCUGGAGCUGCUCCAGAAAGAGAGUGAGCUGCCCAUUGAGCAGCUGCUGGACUCACUACCACCGGAAAUUCUGGAGAGGCCAGCCUCGCCUCUUCCGCACACUAAUGGCGGGGGCAACCACAAAGCCGACGAGGAGGAAGACGAUGGUGGCAGCUCUGAACGAUCGGGAAGCCCCAUCGACGUGGAAUCGACCAAAGCAGAUGAGGAGGUGGACGGUGCGGACGAGGCGGAUGGUGGAGACGACGACUUUCAGGUGGAGGACGAGGAGGAUGACGAGGAGACCCUUGAAGAGCAGGAGGAGCAGGAGAAGACCGUAGACCACAACGAGGAGCUGAAGGAGCUCAUGAUGGAAGGAGAAAUGCCACUGGAUGCCUUGUAUGAAAAGUAUGGUGGUGCGUAUGCCAGUGAUGCUGAGGUGCCAAAUGCUGGUGGGAGCUCUGGUGAAGAGGAGGAGGAUGACGACGCUGCUGACAACGAAAGAGAUUCGGAAAACUCUGAUGAAGAGAUGGACGAGGAGGAAGAGGAGGAGGACAUGGAUACAUCGAGCGAGGGGGAGGUGCAGGAAGACAUUGGCAUGGAGUACCUGAUCAACCCUAUGUCGGAUGAAGUCGACUCCGAAGUGAAGGCGGAGAAUGUGACUGAGGAUGCAUCGGGCAAGGGCCCCACCAAAGAAAUCACCGACAUUGCGGCCACUGCCCAGAGCUUCCAGCCCAAGGGGAACACCCUUUCCACCACGCAGGUCCAAACAAAAGUGCCCUGGUUGUUGAAGCACAGCUUGCGAGAGUACCAGCACAUUGGUCUUGACUGGCUCGUGACCAUGCACGACAAGAAGCUGAACGGCAUAUUGGCUGAUGAAAUGGGCCUGGGAAAAACCAUCCAGACAAUCUCCCUGUUGGCACACAUGGCUUGUGAUAAAGGAAUCUGGGGUCCCCACCUCAUUGUGGUGCCUACCAGUGUGAUGCUCAACUGGGAAAUGGAGUUCAAAAAGUGGUGCCCUGCUUUCAAGAUCCUCACCUACUAUGGUAUCCCAAAGGAGCGCAAGCAGAAGCGACAGGGUUGGACCAAGCCGAAUGCCUUUCACGUGUGCAUCACCUCGUACAAGCUGGUCGUCCAGGACCACCAGGCGUUCAGACGCAAGAAGUGGAAGUACCUGAUCCUCGACGAGGCCCAGCACAUCAAGAACUUCAAGUCCCAGCGGUGGCAGAUGCUGCUCAACUUUCAGAGCUCACGGCGUCUGCUGCUGACGGGCACCCCGCUGCAGAACAGCCUCAUGGAGCUGUGGUCCCUCAUGCACUUCCUCAUGCCCAGCGUGUUCCAGUCCCACCGGGAGUUCCGCGAGUGGUUUGCCAACCCCGUCACGGGCAUGAUCGAGGGCAGCAGCGACUACAACGAGAGCCUCAUCAAGCGCCUCCACAAGGUGCUUCGGCCUUUUCUUCUGCGGAGGUUGAAGUGCGAGGUGGAGAAGCAACUGCCCAAGAAAUAUGAACACGUGGUGAUGUGCCGGCUGUCGAAUCGACAGCGGUACCUCUACGAUGACUUCAUGUCCCAGACAAAGACAAAGGAGACGCUGGCCACUGGCAACUUCAUGAGCGUCAUAAACGUGCUGAUGCAGCUCCGCAAAGUGUGCAAUCACCCCAACAUGUUCGAGCCGAGACCCAUCGUGUCGCCCUUCCGCAUGGAAGGGCUCGUGUAUUAUACUGCCUCCCGUGUAUAUGACAUCUGUAAAUAUGACCCAUUCAAGCAUGUUAGUUUCUCGGCCCUGAACUUGCUGCUUGCCGAUGUGGAGCUGUGUCUGACAGCGUUUGCUGCACACCGCAUCAAGAAGUUCCAGACGUCGUGCCACUUUGUCGAAACCAUUGAGAGCCACCCGCCCCCACCACCAAGGUGCCCGCCUGGCAAGAUCAGGCUGCACAUCCGCACGUCGACACCUUCAGCCCAGUCUGGGGCAGCUCGGGCAGCGUCGCCAAUGGUGGCGGCCGGCCAUCACGGACCUCACCACCAGAGGCUGGUGGCCGCCUCUGGGGCUCACCACCACGCAGCGGGCAUGGUGGUGCGGCCGGGCCACCAGGGGGUGCCGGGCGGCGGGGCCACCUUUGCCAUGGCCCGCCACGGGGCCGUACUCUCCCAGGUGCACCACCCUGGUGGCCUGCAGCAGCAGCCGCAGCAGCAGCAACAGCGUCUGGUGGUGGUCUCCACGCCGGGCACCGUGACGCCACGUGCGCACAGCCCAGUGGUGGCGGCUGCCCCUUCCUCUGCAGGCGGAGGAGGGAGCGGCGAGUACAUGCUGCAGCUGGUGCAGAAGUCCAACGCCCUGGCUGCGGCUGGUGGCCAGCCGGUGAUGGGUUCGCCCAUCACGCUACAGAUCCAGCCGCCGGCCCACGGAACCGGUCCGGCGCGGGUGGCGGUGCCGUUUGGCAUCGGUCGCAUCGUGCAGACCACAACAGGCCAGCACUUGCUGCUGACGCCUGCCCAGCAGACGCCGCAGACCAUGCCCGACGGCACCACGGCUGUGCAGCAGCAGCACCAGACGGUCAUGCUGGCCACGUCUGCUGGCCAGACUGUGGUCAGGACUACGACGGCGCUGAGCCAGAUGGGACGGGUUGUGACCAGUGCUGCGGGCAGUCCUGCUUCAACUCAAGUCUCGACCAUCGCUGGCGCAAAGCCAGUUGUGCGUGUCGCACCUAUGAAUGUGAACAGUCAGGCAACGCACGCAGGAGCGACGAAAACUGUAAAUGCAAAGACGACUGUCGUUGCUUCUGUGAAGUCAUCUGGUGCUACAAGUGAGUCUUCCAGCCAAAGAAGCCCAUUUUACCUGGACACUCUCGAAAGCCGGCGGAGGCAGCAGCGACGUGAGAAGCUUCGCCUUUUGGGGCACACGAAUGCGUUGCGCUGUGCGGCCUGCCCCACGUACGGUCGGGACCUGGUGGAGGCAGUGACGGUUGUGCACGACACGCGACCCGUGGUGCGCAGCCCUUGGGGCGGAACGGGAUACGUGGCCUGCCUCAAUGCACCGUCCCAGGGAGAAACGCAGCUGUGGCGGUACACACGGACACUGCGGUCGUUGGUGCGCACACCUCCACAGCUGCUUGACGAGCUCAGGGACAUGAUUGACAGGUUUGUUUUCUCAGUGCCCAAGGUGACCGCUUCACGGAUCGAGAUGCGCGUGUCACAUCCGUCACCAUCCUCCAUCAAUGCCGAAAGGGUCCUUGAGGAGCGACUCAGGGACGAGUUGGGUCCGAGGUGCGCCUUUCUGCACCCCGUCAUGUGCAGCCUGCAGACGCAGUUUCCGGAGCUGCGGCUAAUACAGUACGACUGUGGCAAACUCCAGGUUCUGGACAAGCUGCUCUGGCAACUGCGGGGCGGCCAGCACCGAGUACUGAUCUUCACCCAGAUGACGCGCAUGCUAGACGUCCUCGAGCAAUUUCUGAACUACCAUGGCCACACGUACCUGCGGCUGGAUGGCAGCACGCGCGUGGACCAACGACAGGCUCUGAUGGAGCGCUUCAACGCCGACCGACGCAUCUUCUGCUUCAUCCUGUCCACCCGGUCGGGAGGUAUCGGCGUCAACCUGACGGGAGCCGACACGGUGGUCUUCUACGACUCGGACUGGAACCCCACCAUGGACGCCCAGGCCCAGGACCGGUGCCACCGCAUUGGCCAGACGAGAGACGUCCACAUCUACAGGUUGAUAAGUGAGAGAACAGUUGAAGAAAACAUCUUGAAGAAGGCAAACCAGAAGAGGAUGCUGGGUGACUUGGCAAUUGAAGGAGGCAACUUCACCACAGCCUUCUUCAAGCAGAACACGCUGAAGGACCUGUUUGGAACUGACUUUGGCCUGGCAGUCGCUGAGAAAAGCGAAGAGUCGCAGAGGGAAGACAGACCGAUCGAGCCAGAGAGGCCUGAAAAGUUCUCCUCUGUGGAGUUCGAGAAGGCGCUUGGCAUGGCAGAGGAAGAGCUGGACGUCCAGGCCGCACACACGGCUCGUGCUGAAGCGGCUGCUGAACUGGCCGAGUUCGACGAGUCCAUCCCGUUGGACACCGACAGCCGGGACGAGGACAAGUCCCAAGCAGAGGAGGAGCUGGACAAGCUCAUGGAUCAGCUUACACCUGUGGAGAGGUAUGCCAUGCAGUUCCUUGAAUCUCUUCAGGAACCACUGACCCUUGAACAGUUGAAGCAGGCAGAGGAGGAGAUCGAGGCUCAGAAGAAGGACUGGGAGCUGGGCCGCCUCAAGGCCAUCAAAGAGGAGGAAGAGCGGCGUGCUGGCUACCGAGACGACGAGGAGGCUCCUGCCCUGGUGUACUCGCGCGAGGAUGCCUACACGCAGAUAUACAUCUCUAUGAACGGACAUGAACAGAUGCCGAUCUGGGCACCUCCUACACCGCCUCAGGAUGAGAACGACCUGUACAUUGACUACAGCGUGGGUUUUCUCUAUGAGCCAUCCGUCAUGUCGGAAUCCAGCCUGCCCGCUGUGUAUAUCAAGAAAGAGGCCAAGAGGCUCAAGGUGGACCCACUCUCCACAGUCGCAGCUGCACGCAAACAGAAGAGCCGCAAGGAAGAUGCCGUGCACAUCCCCAAGUCGCUGUUCGACCGCCCGACGGCAGCCAUCCUCAAGAUGCGGCGCGAAGCCAAGCUCCAGAAAGUCAAGAACCUGAUGGUGUGCGGGGCGGGCCAGCUUCCCCCCAAGGCCCUGGCUUCCCUGCCCUCACGGCCGCUCGCUCAGCAGGGCGGCUUCCUGGCGGCACGCCCACUCCUGGACCUUUCGCCAGACAUGCCGGAGUGGUUGAUACACGAGGACUGGGCUAUUCUUCAGGUAAUUCAGCAGCUGCAGGACAUCCCACUGAACUUGACAGUGCUCUCGCCAGGCCACACGCCAAACUGGGACCUGGUUGCAGACGUGGUUAACACAGUCAGCCGCAUCUACCGUUCCCCAAAGCAGUGCAAGGACCGCUACGAGUCCGUCAUUGUGCCUCGUGAAGAAGGCAAGAUCUUGUACGACACCAACCCCAAGAAGCAGAAGAAGACCAAGGGCAUUUACAAGACGAAGAACAACAAGCCCAUGAGGACGGGGCAGCUGUUCUCUCAGGACUGCAACCAGGCCUUCACCAUGCUUUACAAUACUCGGUUCGACACGAUCCGGGCGGUGGCCAGCAAACGGACGCCCACCCUGAAGCCCACUUUCACCGCCAACCCGUUGGUGAAGAACCCCAAGCACGCGGCCGUGCUGGCUGACAACGGCAUCUCCUACGAUCAGCCCCUCCCUCCGGCUAGGCUGGCAGCAAUCCGGGCGGAACGCAUUGCCAAGGAGAAACAGAAAAGCCAAAUGGCUGCCGCCGCAGCGGCAGAGGCCCAGCGUCAGCAGCAAGCACAGCAGCAGCAGCAGCACCAACAGGGACAGCCACAGGUGCUGGGGCAUGUGGCACCAGCAAGCACGCAAACGCUGUCGCAGCCGGCAGCCGUGGCUGCUGCCCAGGGAGUGACCGGGCAGGCUGCGGCAGCCGUGGUGGCCGCAGCGAGUCCCGCAGCAGCAGGGGUCGUGGCUGCGGCCAGCCCGGCUACCGCAGCUGCGCUGCUUGUCCAACAGCAACAGCAGCAACAACAGGUGGCCGCCACUCAGGCUGUGCUGGCCACUCUCGGCCAGGCGCAGCAGUUACAGCCAGUCGCAGGACAGCUGUCCAAGAAUGUCACCACGGUGGCAUUGGCCAAAUCCGGUGGCAUUCUGGUUAGCACUGCGGUUACAGCCACGACAGCUGCUGCAGGAGGUGUCGUCAGCGCUGCCCCGACGUUCGCUCUCACCAAGGUUCCCGUUACGGCAGUGGCUACUCUGAGUACUGCUGCUCUACGGCCACAGCGACCGCAGCCGCCAGUCGUCACAGCCACCACCACCAUGACAGUCCAGGAGAUGGUUGCCGUGGCAACGGGCCAAGUUCGUGGGCUGCCGGUCAGCAGUGCCAUCACCACUGCAGGCGGCAGCACUCCUGCUGUGGUCUCGGUCACCAACCUCACCUCUGCCCAGCUGCAACCUGCUCCGCAGAGGAUCUCGGCUGUAGCGGCCGUGAGCCAAGUGACCGCAGCACAAGGGGUGGCCAGUGUGCAAGGAGGCCGCAGUCUCACCGCCUCCCAGCUACAGGCGAUGCGUCAAGGCAACUUUCUGCGGCAACACCAGCAACAGCAGAGGAUGCAGGAGCAGCAGCUCAAGCAGCAGCAGCUGAAGCGCCUCCAACAGCAGCAGCAGCUGGCCGCAGCCGGAACCACCCAGGCCACCGUGGCCGUGCCCGUCAGCCUGGCAGGCACAGCUAAGGUGGCCGUCUCAGCUGCAGUCCAGCAGGCACGCCCCCUAUCCCAGCAGCAGCAGCAGCAGGUGCAGCAACAGCAGCAGCAGGCCUCUUCUGCACAGCAGCAACAGCAGCAGCAGCAGCAAGCCCAGCAGCAACAACAACAAGCGGUCGCAGCGGCAGUGGCGGCAGUGAAGGCCGCCACGCCUCUGGGUGCUCCAAAGCAGCAGACGGCCAUCACGCGCUCCCUCACCGAGGCUGAGAUGGCCCAGCUGCUCAAGCGUCGGGAGCUCCAGCAGAAGCAGAUGGCAGCAGCCCAUCUCCUGGCACAGGCGCAGCUGCAACAGCAGCAGCAAGCACAGCAACAGGCUGGGCAACAAACACAGCAAGUGGUGGCCGUCUCGCAGCAGCAGCAGCAGUCCCUGGCCUGCACAGUACAGACUCCCGUUGCCACCCUGGUCAAGACGGUGUCGGCACCGUCAGCACUUGGAACCAGCCAGACUGCCGUCACCAUCCCUGUCUCGGCAGUCACCAUGGCAGGCGUCAACAUCAAUGUUAGCCUGGCACAGCAGGGAAAAGUGACUGCGACAUCGAAACCCAUCACCACAGCAUCUGUGACGCCCCAGCAGAUGCAGCUGAGGCAGCUGCAUAUCCAGCAGCAGCUGCUGCAGCAACAGCAACAGCGCAAGGUCACACUCCAGACGCAGCAGAAGGUGGCUGGCCUUUCCCAGGCUCAGCUGCCAACAGGCAAGGCUCCGACAGUGGCCACCCAGCUGGGCACCGUGCAGAUUGUUCAGCAGGGUUCCGGACAAGGAGCCAAGGCCACAACCCUGCCCUCAGCCACGGCCAUCACCGUACAGCAGAUCAUCAAGCAGGUGCUGCCUGUCAACCAGAACUUUCUGGUGUCAAGUGCGGUGCAGUCAGCAGCGGGCGGCAGCUCCGGCGGCGCAACCACGGUGAGCCCCGCGACGCAGGUGCAGCUGCACGCCAUGCUGCACAAGCCUGCCGUGAGCACGGUCGCCCUGGCUGCACCGACGGUGGCUUCCUCGGGGGCCACUACAGCCACCCUGGUGCCCACCCGCAUCAUGGCGCUGCAGCAGCCACCUGGACAGCCCACCGCAGUGGCCCUCAAGCAGGGCCUGCAGGUGAUCACAGCCUCGGCAGGCACGGCACAAACGUCAUCCUACACUGUUGAAGGCUCCGCAGCGGCACCCCUGGUGGCCAGCAUCGUCGCUGACGCGGCAGCCGCUGCGGCCGCGCUCAAGCCGGUGGAAGGGGGCACCCUGCCCAAAGCCAUUGCCGUGGCUGUCACCACGGCCACAGGAGCGGACAACUCUGUGGUGCCGCCCAACGUGACGGCACCGUCUUCGUCAGAGACCAUCACCCGUGCCGUCAGUGUAGAUGUGAGCGCUGCGACUGUGCAGGCAGUUCAGGCAGCCAUUGAAGCGGCUCGUCAGCAAGGGUCACUGCCGUACACCAUGCGCCUGCGGAACAACCCGCCCAAGCCUGCGUAGACUCCUCCUCCUCGUGCACUUCCUCGUGUAGACCUCUGUUCCGGCCAGUACGCAAAACUCGUAAAGUGUCUCUCUCACUCGCUCGAUGUGUGUGUGCAUGCGCUCGUCGUGAUAGUGAAUAAGCAGGAACAGAACUGUACACGUGUUGUUUUGGUUACGUGUGACAAGUGGUGGAAGUUGAACAUUCUCUUCCUCGUUCCGUCGGCCGAGUCACCGUUCUAAAGGAAGUGGACUGCUUUUUUUAAUUGUUUUGUCUCUUGAAGGUGACCCUUUGCCUUAGAUGUUGGUGCGUUUUUCGUGUGCUUUUUCCCAACCCUGGUGGCUGGAGACAAAUGUUUAGGAUGCAUGUUUAGGAGCUUCAUUCCACAAAAAGAAAGUGGUAUACAGGGGACUGUUUUAAAAAAAAAGCACAUCGUGAAUUCAAUGCAAGUUUGGCGGUCCGGGCACAUUGAGUGCAACGUUGUAUCAAGAGUUUGAGUGAUGAAAUUCUGUGCCUUCACACUUGCGUAUUGUUGAUUUUUCUUGACGUUCGUUUCAUAAUUUUUUCUCUCUUCUUUUUUUCUUUUUCGUUCUUUUUUUUUUUGGUAAGUGCAAGUGUUUGGGCACAGUCAGCUCUGCUUCUCCACAUGUAUGAGAUUAGCAGGGCUGCUUGUUGUAUAGCUGACACUCAUCUUGUACAUAAAGCCUCAUUUCAAACACCCUGGUACCCGUGUGUGUCUCAUUGCUCAUUCAUAAGUGUCACAUUGUUGUACAGAGCGCAUCGACGUGGAACGAGUUCACAUUACACCACUUCGUCUUACGUGACCUCUGUAAUUUAUGCUAAAGAAGAUGGAAUAAACACAGCUGGUUUUGUUAA